UGGAAAGUCCCCGGUCGCGGGGAUUUAAGAAAAGUGCAUGGCAACCACAGAGCUGCUACAUUUGAGAAACCUAACACUGAGAGCUGUGUACGUCGGAGGGAAACGCUUGCAAAAGACAAUGCCUCUGGCUAAAGACCUACUAAACCCAACUCUCGACAUUGAGAGGAGGCAACAUAAAAAAAAGAGACUGGUCCAGAGUCCAAACUCUUACUUCAUGGAUGUGAAAUGCCCAGGUUGCUAUAAAAUCACAACAGUCUUCAGCCAUGCCCAGACAGUGGUGUUGUGUGUUGGAUGUUCCACAGUGCUCUGCCAGCCCACAGGAGGAAAGGCCAGGCUAACUGAGGGAUGUUCUUUCCGAAGAAAACACUGAUGAGGAGAACGUAAUUGGAUCUUUCGAAUAAAAAGAAAUUGUUCCAGUUUCCUUAUCUUUUCAUUGAUUGCAAUGAGUAAAAUGUCACUACAGUGAUUCUAUGUGGAAAGUUACUUCUACUUAAUAACUUUAUUAAAUAAAAUCUGGGCAGUACA